AUGUCCUCGAUCUAUGCAGGUCUCAAAAACUCUUCCUUCGGGCACGCCUCUUCCUCCAUCGUCGUUCUUCCUACAUCAAAUUCCUCUUCUGCUUCCACUCUAAUCUCUUAUGCAUUGAACCCACCAACCAUUUGGAAACAUCCUCGCUACAAUACACUGUUGACUCGUUUUUCGCUUCGAAGUUCCCGUCGAGCACCUUUGAAUCGACGUAAGAUCAGGAAAUUUGGUCGAGCGGUCUUGAUUGAAUGGGCAAUUGGCACGGUCACUGAUGCUCGCAAUCUUCGGUCAGGCAGAGCAGUGAUACGAAGCUGCUGCAGACUCCGUUCGCGUGUAUACGAGCGACUGUCGCGAGAGGCAUGGAAGAGGCGGGCUUCUUCUUUCGGAAAAGGGUUAUCAGUUGGUGUUUUGAUCCUUAGGGGAUGUGGAAAGUUUGUUGCUCGAGAGAAUGAGCAAUUAAACAGCGAUGGAAUUUAUUUUGAUAUCAUGGCUAUAUCUCCUAGGUUUUUAGGUGUGAAAACGAAAAUCGCCACGACGGCCACGAUCGAGCGAAAUCCUCGUUUCAGCCAAGAUCGCGCUGAUCAGAAGAUUUCUGCGAUUCGAGUAGGCGUCGAGCGAAGAGCAAAGCUGUUUGAGGAAAUGUCGGACGCUGGAGCACGAUGGCGAGAAUUGGCGGGCUUCUUCUUUCGGCGAUGGACUCGAUUUACUCGAGACGAAGGCGCUCUCUCUCGGCAUUCUUCUCUCCCGCUCUCUCUCUCUAAAUCCCGAUCUCCCUCUCAGUCUCUGGCUCUGAGUCCCGAAGUUCCCAGCCGCUCUCCUUCUCUUGGUCGCCCUCUCUUCCAAGGCCGAAGCCCGAGCUCCCUCUCGAUCUCCCUCAGUUCGCGCAUACAGGAGAAGCCGAGGCCCCCUCCCAUUCUCGGUGUUUGCGAACUUCAGCCAAGACGGAAGCCACCCGAACCCGACGAUCCCGUAGUCUUGGCUGACGCUGAUCUGGACGGUCCACCCGAGCCCGUCGCAUCUCCUACCUUUGCCGACCGGUAUCCCUCAAGGCUGCAAGCACAAAUCGCGGGAUGCGACUCAAACGGCGCCGAUUCGACGCGAUUUCGGCAAGGAUUCGAGGAUCCGCCGGGUGUAAGGAUUGAAGAGGCUGAAGCACAAUGUGCUUUGUUGAACUCAGAAUCUUUAUGUGACGGGUGUUUCACGUCUGAUUCAGACAUAUUCCUCUUUGGAGCCAAGACAGUGUAUAGGGAAAUUUUCUUAGGUGAGGGAGGCUACGUAAUUUGCUAUGAUAUGGCGGAUAUAGAGAAGAAACUUGGCUUUGGAAGAAAUUCACUGAUUACAUUGGCUCUCCUCCUUGGCAGUGAUUACUCUCAAGGAGUCUACGGCUUUGGUCCUGAAACAGCAUGCCAGCUUGUUAAAUCAAUUGGAGAUAUCAACAUUCUGCAAAAAGUCAAGUUAGAGGGAUUAGCAUUUGCAAAAAAGAAGUCCAAAGCAAAAAAAACCGUUAAGUCUCUUAAUUGCAAUGCAGAUAAGGAAAAUCUUAUAUGCUACAAACAACAUAUGGCUGAAAGUGACAAGAAACUGGGACCAAAUGACCACGUACUAGAUGUUAUAAAUGCUUAUCUAAAGCCAAAAUGUCACUUACCUGAUUCGGAAGCUGUACAGAGUGCAUGCAGCACAUAUCCAUUUUUGAGGACAAGGCUUCAACAGAUUUGUGCUGUAUCAUUUGGAUGGACUCCUGAGAAAACUGAUGAAUACAUCCUUCCAAAGAUCGCUGAGAGAAAUCUCAGACGGUUUGCGAAUCUGCGUAAUACUUCAUCCGAACUCGGAGCAAAUAUUCCAUUGCACAAGAUUCCGGUGCCCUGCCCUGUAACUGCAAUUGUUAAGCAGCGGAAAUUACAGGGAAAAGAAUGCUUUGAGGUUUCUUGGCAAGAUAUGGAAGGGCUUCAGACCUCUAUUGUCUCUGCUGAUCUAAUUGGAAGUGCCUGCCCCGAAAAAAUAGCAGAGUUCAGAGAGAAGAAAGCUAUGGCGAAGAAAAGAAACACCAGAAAACAAAUACCUAUUAAGGAUUCAAAUGUUGAUGUUAACAAAGUUGAUUUCCAGCUUCAAGGUCUGCUCCUUGACAUAGAAUCACAGAGUAACUCCCUUCCCAGGCCUUCCCAAUGUUGUCCUGCACCUUACCUUCAUGAAAUGGGAAUUGAGAUUAUUGAUCUGUCAUCUCCUUCCCCACCUCUCCGGGCAUCCAAACAUGCAAGAUCCAAUGACGUUACCAACCAGCAAAUAAACAUGAUUGAUUUGUGUGAGACUGACACCGAGGUUUUGUCGCCUGAACAUGCGAGGAAGGCAAGGGAGCUGAGAUUAUUUAUAGAAAUUAUUAGAGAAGAUCUUUAGUAGAUGGGUUGGUUAGGAAAAUUUUCUAUGGUUUUGUUUAUGUUAGUUUGAUUGCAUUGGUCUCCAUUAUUUUUAUAUGUCAUUGCAUUUGUACUUUUUAAACUUUAGAUGUUGUAUGUUACUGUAUGUAUAAUGUUGUCUGUUUUUUGCUUGCUUUCUUUA